AUGGCGCCAUCUGCAACCGACUCGUACGCGGCCGCCGAGCCAAUGAGCAACCAGGUCAAGCCACUGGCGGGCAAGGUUGCCCUGAUCACCGGUGCCGGCCGCGGCAUCGGCAGGGGCAUCGCGCUCGAGCUAGGUAAGCGUGGCGCCUCAGUCGUCGUCAACUACGGGCGGAGCUCGGGCUCGGCAGACGCUGUCGUCAGCGAGCUCUCCAAGCUAGGCUCCAAGGCCGUCGCCAUCCAGGCGGACAUCUCGAAGCCGGCCGAGGUGGCGGGCCUGUUCGACAAGGCCGUCGCCCACUUCGGCCACAUCGACUACGUCGUCUCCAACUCGGGCAUGGAGGUCUGGUGCGAGGAGACCGAGGUGACGCCCGAGCUGUUCGACCAGGUCUUCAACCUCAACUGCCGCGGCCAGUUCUUCGUCGCGCAGCAGGGGCUCAAGCACUGCCGCGAGGGCGGGCGCAUCAUCCUGACGUCGUCCAUCGCCGCCCAGAUGGCCGGCAUCCCGAACCACGCGCUGUACGCCGGGUCCAAGGCCGCCGUCGAGGGCUUCACCCGCGCCUUCGCCGUCGACUGCGGCAGGAAGCGCGUCACCUGCAACGCCAUCGCCCCCGGCGGCAUCCAGACCGACAUGUUCGACGAGAACAGCUGGCACUACGUCCCCGGCGGCCACAAGGGCAUGGACAUCAACACCAUCAAGGACGGCCUCCGCAAGAUGUGCCCGCUCGACCGGGUCGGCGUGCCUGCCGAUAUCGGUAAGGCUGUCUUCUGCCUCAUCAGCGACGAGGGAGAGUGGAUCAACGGCCAAGUCAUCCGUGCUUCGGGCGGUGGCGUGUAA